UCUGAUGGACACCAAGGAUGUCGUCAAGGUUGUUGAAGAAUGGAUAAGUCAGUUUGUCGAGUUGUCUGAGAAAUAUCGCUGGGUUCAGGUAAGUUUGGAGUCAUCGACAAUGGGCCAUAAUUUGCACCCUCCCCCUCUGGGUAUCCAAUGGGGGAGGAGGGGUUUUUCACAUUAAAUUUUCCUGGAGGGUAGCCUAUGGGAUUAAGAUUUGAUGUUUUAGUGAUAUCAAAGGGGGACGAACAAUGGGAGGGUGGGGUGGGGUGGGCCUAACGGAAAGACCCAAUAGCAACAAAUAGGUUUUGUCUUGCUAUCAUAGACCAGUGUUUGGCAGGGCAGGUGCAGUAAAGGCAUGUGCUUGUCUCUGGGACAAAGACUCUAAAUAGAUUGGGCCAUUCUCGUACCCAGAGCCCUUCUUAUGCGCGGUGCGACGAGGGGCUCUGGCCAAAUCCAUAUUCCAAACUGGCAUGUGAUUGGCUAGUUCUAACACCGGAUAUUGUUUUCUUACCAUGUUUUUAUGGUAUCCGGUUAUGGAUUUGGCCAGAGCCCCUCGUCGCACCGCACGUAAGAAGGGCUCUGGGAACGAGAAUGAGAUUGGGCAAUAUGUUAAGUCCAUGCCUGUAGAAAGUAGUUCUCGCCCUGAAGUUAAUGGAGCGACGCUACCUCCAAAGUCUAAAGGUCUAACUCCAAACCAAAAGAUACACUUGAGUAACUUGUGUGAUUCAAAACUGAGUUGAAAUAUGAAUUGUGGAGUUACUGGCUAACUCCAAAAAUCAUUUGGAGCUCAGUAUAAACCCAGAAAGCAUGAAAAAAUUGGUAUCUAAGCCUUGAGUUACGGCCAACUGCCUAACUUCAAAGAGUGUGUGUAGCGAGGUGAGCCAGCCUAGCCGCUAGGUCUAGCUCCAUUUGAAGAUUGGCUACCUCCACAAAAAUAGAAUCUACAGGUAUGGUUAAGUCCGUGAUGAUGAGGCCCAACUAACUUCCAAACUGGUUACUAGUUUCUCAUCAUGCUACUACUCAGUAGACAAAUGGCUUUCGCUUGAAACAUCGAAGUUCUGCUUAUAUUUUUCAGAUCUUUGUAUCUCUCUCAUUUUACAACCUGUCUUGUCCUCAUUGCUACCUGUAUAACAACUUUGUCACCAACACCAGCCCUCGAAAACGAGGUUGGCAUUCCGCAAUACCGACCUAAAUGCCAAUCUAUCAACCUCCCAGGUCAGAAAAUUUUUGCCGACCUUAAUUCAGCCAAAGUAAAAAUUUGUUGGUGCUGAUAGCUGUUAAAAAGUCAGCAAUUAUAGAAUUUGAUUCCUAGUUCGAUUAACUAAACACACUUUGGUGUAAGUUUAAAAAUUGGUGUAGGUUUUCAAGGGCUGCAACACCAUUUAAUAGUAACUAUCAUUAUUUUAGAUAUUUGAAAAUCGUGGUGAAAUAAUGGGCUGUUCCAAUCCUCACCCUCACUGUCAAAUCUGGGCAAGCUCGUUUCUUCCUAACGAACCCUCUGCUGAAGACAAAGCUCAAAAGGCAUAUCUUUCAAAACAUGGAACACCACUACUUGUGAAAUACAUUAGCCUCGAACUGACCAAAAAUGAACGAAUUGUUGUGGAGAACAAACAUUGGUUAGCUGUGGUACCAUAUUGGGCAGUGUGGCCUAACGAAACCUUGCUACUUCCAAAAAGGCAUGUCUUACGGCUGCCUGAUUUAACGAAAGAGGAACAAGAAUCCUUGGCAGUUAUAAUGAAACAACUUGUAACAAAAUAUGAUAAUUUAUUCCAAUGUGCAUUUCCGUACUCAAUGGGCUGGCAUGGAGCGCCAACCGGUUCAGAGGACACAGACUGUCACCAUUGGCAACUUCACGCCCAUUAUUAUCCACCAUUAUUACGGUCGGCUACCAUAAAAAAGUUCAUGGUUGGUUACGAGAUGUUGGCCUCACCACAAAGGGAUCUGACUGCCGAACAAGCCGCAAGCAAGUUGAGAGAACUUCCUGAUGUGCAUUAUAAACUAACGAAAAAUUAACAACAAUGAAUUGCAAGUGUAGAUAAGUUCAAGCUGCUACACUAAAAGCUGCCACAACAUUUAUGGAAAACAAUAGAACUUUCCCCUUUUAAGUGAAAUUUUGAUCUAGACAAGUUUGGACAAAAAUUUCAUCACAGCUUGAAAGAGCAUCACAAAAUUAGUAAUAUUCCGAAGUUUCGUUGCGAAUUGUUGUAAAAUGCGGAUAAUAUAGCCUUGCGAAGUUUGCCGUUUUUCAGUCAUUUGGUAUUACAAACGGGAAAUUGAUAAUCAGUUUGAUCAUCUGAUUAUCAAUUUUCCAUUUGUAAUGCAAAAUGACUGAAAAACGGCAAACUUCGCAAGGCUAUAUCAUCCGCAUUUUACACCAUUUCGCAACGAAACGUCGGAAUAUUACUAAUUUUGUGAUGCUCUUUCAAGCUGUGAUGAAAUUUUUGUCCAGACUUGUCUAGAUCAAAAUUUCACUUAAAAGGGGAAAGGUCUAUUGAUGAUGAUAUAGUUUUGUGAAGCAGAGCAGUCAAGCAUCACCAUAAAUCGGGACAUUUAAAUAUUUUUGCAAAAUUUCACGCUGAAAAUUAAUUCAUAUACACUGGGAAAAUAAUUAAAGAUAAUAUUUGUAUUAUUUGAU